AGAGCGGUGACAGUCAUCUGUCUGCCGGCGCAGGGCGGUGGUGGAGGAUUGGGGAGAGGAGGCCCAGCCUCGGGAGCUUUGGAAGUCGAGGCGGGCAGGACGGUGUAGUAGACGCCCGCAGCCAUGCCCGGGGUGGUCCGCAAGAACCCGGACCUGGAGUUCGACUCGCUGCAGCCCUGCUUCUACCCGGACGAGGACGACUUUUCCCUGUGCGGGGGGCCGGACUCGGCCCCGCCGGGCGAGGACAUCUGGAAGAAGUUCGAGCUGCUGCCCACGCCGCCGCUGUCCCCGAGCCGGGCCGGCCCGCACGGUGACCUCGGGGGGCUCCGGACCGCCCCCUGCGACCCCCUGGACUGGGCCUCCGAGCCGCUGCUCCUGCCCCCCGAGGGCGACCCGUGGGGCGGCCACGGCGACCUGUUCGACACCCCCCGGCUGGGCAACCCCAUCGUCCUGCGGGACUGCAUGUGGAGCGGCUUCUCCGCCCGGGAGAAGCUGGAGCGGGCCGUCACCGAAAAGCUGCACGCCAGAGGACCCGCCGGUCCCGCCAACGCCAGCAACGCCAGCGCCGCCUCCUCCUCCGCGCUGCCCUCCGGCCGUGCCCACCCCGACGUGUCGGGCUGCGUCGACCCCGCCGUGGUCUUUCCCUUCCCCGCCGCCAAGAAGGAGGAGGCCGGGGCGGCGGCGACGCUGCCCGGUUGGCAGGCGGGCACCGUGCCCCCCGCGACCCCCGGGCGCGGCGGCCGUGCCCCCCGCCCGCCGCGCCCCACGGCCGGCACCCACUGCAGCUCCGGAGACGACACCCUCAGCGAUUCCGACGAUGAAGAGGACGAAGAGGAGGAUGAAGAAGAGGAGAUCGAUGUGGUCACCGUGGAGAAGAGGCGUUCCUCCUCUAACAAGGCCGUCACCACGUUCACCAUCACCGUUCGCCCGAAAAACGCCGCCUUCGCCUCCGUGAGGACAGCCCAGAAUGAACUGGCCCUAAAGCGCUGCGCCCCGAUCCACCAGCAGCACAACUACGCCGCGCCUUCCCCCUACGUGGAAAGCGAAGAUGCGCCUCCCCAGAAAAAACUGAAAAACGACGCCCCGCGCCUUGUCAAAAACGUGAUCCAACCAAAGCCCAAAAGCUCGAGCCCGCGGAACUCGGACUCGGAGGAUAGCGAGCGCCGUCGCAACCACAACAUCCUGGAGCGCCAGCGGCGGAAUGAUUUGAGGUCCAGUUUUCUCACGCUAAGGGACCACGUGCCGGAGCUGGUUAAAAACGAGAAAGCGGCUAAGGUCGUCAUUUUGAAAAAAGCCACGGAAUAUGUCCAUUCCCUUCAGGCCGAGGAGCACAAGCUGUUGCUGGAAAAGGAAAAGUUGAAAGCCAGACAGCAUCAGUUGCUAAAGAAAAUAGAACACUCGCGGACUUGCUAAACUCUCUCUGACCUGGACGGACACUGCCACUUUGCACAUUUUGAUUUUUUUUUUUUUUAAUUGUGUUUUGACGUUAAGAAUGUUGGUUUAUUUUCAAUCCGGUCCCCACCACCACCACCUUCCAAACUGUUUGUUAUCUGAGUGCUGAGCAUCUGGGCGUUUUGCAAGGAGCUGAAGAGACUGCCAAACGUUGAGGGUCUAAGCCUUGUACAAUUUUCUUUCUUUCUUCCCCCCACCGCCCACCCACCCCCGCCCCCAACAACUGUAGAUGUUCUUUAAGUGUUGUGAGCAUUUGGAGCUGCUGAUGCCAUCUCGUUGAGUUUGAAACAGAAAUUCAUUCCUUUUUAAUGGUGCUUAUGUUCUAACAGAUGUUACUUUAGGGGUUAACAUUGGAGCCCCUGGGGGAAAUUUCUGUAAAUACCAUUUCUACAUUUGCCUUUUGUACAUGUCUUGGGUUAUGAGAGGUGGCUCUGGCUGCCAACGUUAGACUGGAAGUUCAUACCUAAGUACUGUAAUACCUCAAUGUUUGAGGAGCAUGUUUUGUAUACAAAUAUAUUGUUAAUCUCUGUUAUGUACUGUACUAAUUCUUACACUGCCUGUAUACUUUAGUAUGAUGCUGAUACAUAACUAAAUUUGAUACUUAUAUUUUCGUAUGAAAAUGAGUUGUGAAAGUUUUGAGUAGAUAUUACUUUAUCACUUUUUGAACUAAGAAACUUUUGUAAAGAAAUUUACUAUAUAUGCCUUUUCCUAGCCUGUUUCUUCCUGUUAAUGUAUUUGUUAAUGUUUGGUGCAUAGAACUGGGGAAAUGCAAAGUUCUGUGUUUAAUUUCUUUGAAAUGUACAUUUAGUGCUGCAUCUUAUAGCACUUUGAAAUACCUCAUGUUUAUGAAAAUA